AUGGUAGAGCGCUCGCUUAGCAUGCGAGAGAGAUUGGAUAGAGCUUGCUAUACUACAGAAUUGUGCCUUCUUUUUUUAGAAGUUUUUGUUGAAGUUUUCAGCCAUUUCCACUUUGAUCAUUGUCCUCUACUUAUCCGAUGUCAAGGAGUUCCUAUCAAGAAAAGAAUCUGGUCUUUUAGAUUCCAAGCGGCAUGGGCAACACAUCCUGAUUACAAGGCCAUUGUUCAAAAAUCUUGGGAUGGUACAAACUUUGGCAUCCAUAGGAAGUUGCUGGGGGUCCAAGAAGCUUCGUUGGAAUUCAACUUUACGGUUUUCGGCAAUAUUUUUAUUAAAAAGAGGGAAUUGGAGGGUUAUUUGAAUCGUAUUCAACGGAAAAUAGAAGCUGACGAUGAUCCGAUUCUAAAGCACAAAGAGGAAGAAUUGAGAGCUGAGUAUAAUAUAGUUUUGGCUCAGAAAGAAAUGCUUUGGUACCAGAAGUCAAGAGAUCAAUGGGUUCGGUAUGGUGAUAGAAAUACUAGCUUUUUCCAUAUGCAAACCAUCCUUAGAAUAAAAUCUAACAAGGUUCAUGGGUUGCUGGUCAGUGAUGGGUCUUGGUCUGAUGAUCCGGAAGUUUUGCAAAGGGAGGUUGUUCAUUUCUUCAAAAAUAUUUUUUGUUCUACUGAGCCUGUUGAGGUUAAUUGCAUGGGAGAAAUUCCUAUGCCAGCUCUUAGCCAGGAUGCUUGUGAUAAUUUGUCUAAACCAGUAACAAUGUUGGAGGUUAAAGAAGCUUUGGAUAAUAUGAGCUCGUUCAAAGCUCUUGGGUCGGAUGGUUUUCAAGUUUUUUUCUUCAAGGAAUAUUGGGAUGUGGUGGGUCAUGAGGUCUCAAAUCUUUCCAUCCUUUGGAAUGGGAAUAGAUUGGACAGCUUCCAACCUCGCAGAGGGCUCAGGCUAGGAGAUCCAAUUUCUCCUUAUUUAUUUGUUUUGUGCAUGGAGAGAUUGGCGUGCUUCAUUUCCAAACAAGUUGACGAGGGUAUUUGGGAUGGUCUGGCUGUUUCUAGAGGGGGACCUAGAGUUUCUUACUUGAUGUUUGCAAAUGAUCUCCUCCUUUUUUGUAAAGCAAAGAAAAGUCAAGUUCAGAAUAUUGUGCACACCUUGGAGUUGUUCUGUAAAGCUUCAGGUAUGAAGGUUAACAUUGAAAAAUCUAAAGCUAUUUGUUCUAGAAAUAUCUCUAAUAGAAUGAAGGAAAUGUUGUAUGGUGUUUCUCAUAUUCCCUUUACUAGUGACCUAGGCAAAUACUUGGGGGUGAACCUUAAUCAUCCUCGAGCUGCUAGAUCUAUUUUUUCGGACUCUUUAGAGAAGAUCAAGAAUAGGUUGUCUAGUUGGAAAAGUCGGCUCCUUAACAGAGCAGGCAUGCUUUGCUUAAUUAAAUAUGUUGCUUCUUCUCUUCCUAUUUAUCAUAUGCAAGUGACUCUUUUUUCUACUUCAAUUUGUCAAAAGAUUGAUUCUGUACUUAGACAAUUCUUGUGGAAGAAAAAGGUGGGGGAGCGUUGCUUAAAUUUGGUCAAGUGGAGCAAAGUUGUCACUCCAAAAAAAUAUGGAGGCUUGGAAAUUAGAGAUACCCAAUGUGUAAAUUUUGCUUUACUCGGAAAGCUUGUUUGGCAAUUACUGCAUAAUAAAGAUAAGCUUUGGACAGGAUGUCUCAAUCCUUUUGAUAUCAUGCUUGGCGACCAUGUGGAACGCUAG